CUCCAGAGCAUGACAGACACGAUGGGAGACACACCCAUGAUCCAUGAGAUCAAGAAUUCUAUUAGAACAGAUCUCCAGAAGAGGUACAGCAGUGAGGCCGAGAAGAAGAUCCUUCAUACAGCCUCUGCACUGGAUCCUCGCUUUAAGGGACUGCCUUUCAUCCUCACAGAUGAAGAAAGAUUGGAGAUAUUUAAAGGAGUCACUGAGGAAGCUGCAUCCUUGGAGAUUACAUCAGAUGAGAGUGAGAGGACACAAGAGGAUCAUCAAGUGCCUAGAAGAAAACAAACUCUGGAAGAAGAGGACAGUUCACCCAUCGAAGACAACCAUUCUCCACCAUCUCCUCCCAAAAAGGCCAGAUCGCUGCUCGUGAGUUUGCUGGGACAGUCUUUCACUGACACUGAAGGUACAAUAGAACCCAAAAAGACCCCCUAUGCCAAGGCUGAAGAGGAAAUGGAAAACUAUUGUAAAGCCCCACCUCUGCCUCUCACUGAGGACCCUUUGAACUGGUGGCGUGAGCAUGAGGUCAUAUUUCCCCUCCUUUCUCGGCUGUCAAAGCAAUACUUGUGUAUCCCAGGUACAAGCGUGUCUGCAGAGCGGGUUUUCUCCACUGCAGGAGAUGUGGUAACUGCAAAAAGAAGCGCCCUCAAACCAGACCAUGUAGAUCAAUUGGUGUUCUUACAGAAAAAUCUACAUGUUCCCAAAUGCUGAGCAGUGUUUUUAAUUUUAUAGAUUUUGUUUAUAGCAUUGUCUCUGCCACUGAAAUUUUUUAUUUCUCUGUCUCCCCUGCCAGACUCCCCUUUUCCCUUC